AUGGAGGAACAAUUAGCAAUACAAGGAGCUGCUUCCGCUGGUUUGAAAAGCAUGGAGCAUCUCAUUCACCUCCUUUCUACCACUGCCUGCAAUUCUUCUUCUUUUUCUUCUAACAACAACAACAACUUUGACUGCUCCGAAAUCACUGACUUCACAGUUUUCAUGUUCAAACAAGUCAUUAACAUUCUCAACCGCACUGAACACGCCCGUUUCCACAGUGCACCGCCCCAACCCAAACCCCAAGCCCCACCGCAACCACACCCAACAUCACAACCUCAACCUCAAACCAAAGGCUUUACUUUGGAUUUCAUUAAACCCACCAUUGUCAACUCCAAGCCCUGCAACAAAGACAAAAAUGUCACUCUCUCCACAACCACCACCACCUCCUCUUCCUUUUUAUCCUCUGUCACCAACGGCGUCAACGUCUCCGAUGGCAAGAUCGGUCAUUUCCUCCCUUCCUCCAUCCCCAAACCCCCUCACUCCUCCUCCCACAGGAAGAAGUGUCAUGAAGUCGCGCUCUCCGCCAAACCCUCCUGCCACUGCUCCAAGAAAAGGUCUUCACCUGUACUCUUUAAAAAAAAUAAUAAUUAA